AUGAAUCACACACCACUCCCGAGAGUUACGAGCCUUCAUCCCCCCGGUUACGACCCUCAGCUUCCUCGGCGAACAACGCCCACGCCCACACCCCCAGGUCUCACAGUCACUACCACGUCACUUGCGGUUGACGUUGAGACGUUGACGAGACGGGCUUCCGAAGGGCCACCGCUCUCUUUCAUUCCUCAUAUUCGAAUGGAUGAGCUACCAUUUGACAUGACAUCACCCACAUCUUCUUCCUCUACCCUCGGAAACCCUCGAUAUACAUAUCAAAUUCUCCAGGCACGAACCGGUUGGGACUACACAGGGCCUCCCAAGCCACCCAUACUUCACCUCGACUGUACCACGACCAGUCAAUCGAAGAGAUUCGCUUUCGGGCCUGACGAAGUUGAUCUUGCUACGAUCUGGAAGCCUAUGGCUUGGGAACGAUACAUGGUAAACAAACGCGGUGAUCAGGCGAUGAUAAACACCUGGCACGACGUGCUCUCCCACAUCGUCAAGGCUGACGUUCGACCACGCUUUCAGGCGUUGAAUUACGACCAUUUCGAUUACGAACCUGACUUCCUGUAUUACACUGAUGGGAUUCCGAACAUGGAUUUCGGCUCGGAAUCCGCACCUGACGAGGAUUUUCGCAGUCUGUUGCAGCAUCAACCUGCCGAGAGUUCGCGACAAAUCAAGAGGUGGAGAUGGACGCCGGAAGGCUCUGUUCUUGUUGAGGGUGGCGGUGAGGAGAAGAAACUCGUCCUCGACUCUUACAAACUCGUUGUGCCGAUCUUACAAGGGUUUGCGUUUAUCGGACGAGAUACCCACCCCCAUCAUUUGGGACGUGGAGAUAUCAAUCAUGUGCCCUUGAACCAGUUGACGAGGCUUCAGCUGAGGAACGUGUUGAUGACGAUGGGUGACUGCUUAGAGAUUAUAUGGAGAUGUCCUCGGUUGGAGUCCCUGGCAUUGAGUGGGGUAAUUCACGACGGUGUGGGGUCAGAAGACUGUUUAUUGGCCAGCACUCCCAUCAGUACCGUAGUGUCUGGAAUCCGGCAUCUGGAGAUCGCCGACCGCUGCGACGUCGAUAUCGUUGUCUUAUUCGAGGAAUUAUCGGUUCCCAGUCUAGAAACUCUUAGGCUCAGUGUUUUGCAAGAGAGUCUUCAACAUUUACCUGCCAGCGCGAUUCAAGGUCUCGUCAAUGAUUCAUGGAUGUCCGUACGUAAAUUUAUCCUACCAGAAACGGAUGGAAAGCUCGGUGCAAUGAUCACGGAAGCCGGAAUGGAGAGAGCACUCAAGGUGGUAGUCAGGGGAAGCUAA